AUGAAGUUUGGUCGAUUCCUCGAGGACCGCAGGGCGCAUUUACCGAGCGACUAUGCAGCCAAUUGCAUCGACUACAAUGGGCUAAAGUUAUUACUAAAGUCUUCUGUGUACGCUCAUUCGAUAAAGAUUGAGCCUGAGCACCCGGCAUCACAACAACGAUUCUCCGAAGUGGUGUCUAAACGACUGGAAAAGUUGCAACAGUCCGAAGUCGUCUUUCUGGAUCGGUUGGACAAGGAAGUCGACAAAGUAUGCGCCUUUUUCGACUCGGAGUCGGCUCGUUUAGUGCAGGCAUCACUGCAAGAUGACGAUGAAGCAUUGCUCGCUUUUCUGCAACAGAUAUUGAUGCUCGAACGCUUCGUGUUUUUGAACUAUACCGGUAUCACGAAAAUUCUCAAGAAGAACGAUCGUCAUUCAGGUCUUGCGUUGUCGGAACCGUAUCUUCACCGCGUGGCUCAAUUAUCGAUUGUGAAGGCUGAGGAUCUUACCGCGUUGAAGCAAUCGGUUAUGACCAAGCUCAGUGAUGAACAGCAAAAGUCGACCGUAUCGAGCGUGUCACCCGUCCUAAGUCGCAGUCGCUCUCAGUACAAACUCACGCCUUCCAACUUGCUUCCACCUGCAUUUGUCGGACCCAACCAAAAAGUGCUUGUAUCACUUUCAGGGCCUCAUGGUACCGAUAUCAUUGGUGCUGUUCUUGGGUGCCUUGCACAACAUCCGUGCCACAUUGAGGAUUUCAUGCUGUCUCGCUUGUAUCAUAACGUGACCUUUGGUGUACUUUUGACACUGCCCUCGGACAAUGUCACUAUUUUCCGUGAUCUAGCAGAAGCCGCACAAAAAUGGGACGCUACUCUCACGUUUGAUAUUCCCGAUACCCAGGCACGGGAACCAUCUGUUCGCCAUCAAGAGAAACGGGAAGAACAAGCUCAUGUCUGUCUACCUGCUUCACUUGAAGAAGCUCCCUAUUCGGAUCGUAUCAAAUAUGCCGCCACUAUUUUGAAUCAAAAUGGAUUACAGGCCGAUUUUCUGAGUCACUGGACCCAGCUUUUGUUGAAACAUCGCAUUUCCGUUGAAAAGUUAUCGCGGUUGAACAUGGACGACAACAAGCUGUCAUGUGCCGAUGUACGACUAAGUGUCCCGAACACUGUGGAUAUGGAAGCCUUGCGAACGGAAUUGAUUGAACUAUCGGCUGCUCACGGCUCAGAUGUGGCUUUGCAGCCCGACGAUGUGUUCCGCAAGAACAAACGAUUGGUCGUUUUCGAUAUGGAUUCUACACUCAUCCGACAAGAGGUUAUUGAUGAAAUUGCCAAAUAUGCUGGCGUUGUGGAUCAAGUGGCGGCUAUUACCGAAGCAGCUAUGAAUGGCGAGAUUGAUUUUACCGAGUCAUUACGACGUCGUGUAGCUCUACUUAAGGGCACCAGCGUGAAUGUGCUGGAAGAUGUGAAGAAGAACCUGACAUUCACCGAAGGUGCACGGUUCCUGUGUCGCGCCCUGAAAAGGCUGGGUUUCAAAUUGGCGGUGAUCAGUGGUGGGUUCAUGCCGUUGGCUUUGUACGUCAAAGCCGAGCUCGGAUUAGAUUACGCAUUUGCCAAUCAGCUGAGGGUUUCAUCGGAUGGAUUGACCUUGACAGGUGAAACAGCGGGCCCGAUUGUUGACGGCAUUCGAAAGAAGGAACUGUUGGAUGUCAUUGCACAAGCGGAAGGUCUUACGUUGAAUCAAGUCAUUGCUGUGGGUGACGGAGCCAAUGAUUUGUGGAUGCUUAAUAAGGCCGGGCUGGGAAUUGCUUUCAACGCCAAGCCUCGAGUGCAGCAACAGGCACCAUCAAGAAUCAAUCAAAAGAGUUUGAAAUACGUUCUCACUCUACUUGGAUACUCGGAAAAAGAUAUGGAACAAUUGAGCCAGGAUUACUAA